UGGAAUCACAAAAUUUAUGUUGGAAGAUUAUUUCUCCUUCGAAUUAUGCACCGUCUGGCAGGACUGGACAUAUUGCAUGUGCAUAUAAGAAUAAAAUUUACAUUUUUGGAGGAACUGAUGGAAUCCGAUGUUAUAAUGAUAUGUGGUGCUAUGACACACAAAACAAUUCUUGGUCUGAAAUUUCAUCAAUGGACUUUAAUCCAUUUCCGCGUUGUUACCAUAAAGCUGCUCUUGUGGAUGAUAUAAUUUAUAUUUUUGGUGGAAUUACAAAUGAUAAUAAAGAACUAUCCGAUUUAACCGCAUUCAGAAUAAACCAAAAUAUAUGGCAUAUAUUUCAGAAAAUGGGUCCUACACCAAGUCCUUGCUAUGGGCAUACAAUGACUGCAGCAGAUGACAAGGUUUUUAUUUUUGGUGGAGAAUCGUUGGAUUCAAAAGGAAUAAUCCAUAUUUUGGAUACAUGCAAACCUGGUGGUCCAAAACGUCAAGUGAAAAGUCCUCUGGAAAAAGUAACUGAAUCUUUACCAGAAAUUGAAGAAGAUCAAGCUAUCGAUGAAAAAUUAAAUUCUAUUGAAAUUUCCACAGAUAAUGCAAAA